AUGUUUCGCGACGCACAUGCAUUCAUCUCGCAGUGCGAUGUUUGUCAGAGGAGAGGAAAGAUCAGCAAACGACAUGAGAUGCCACAGAAUUUCAUCCUUGAGGUUGAAGUAUUCGACUGCUGGGGUAUCGAUUUCAUGGGUCCUUUUCCCUCUUCUUAUGGGAACAAGUACAUCCUGGUUGCUGUUGAUUAUGUCUCAAAGUGGGUCGAAGCCAUUGCCAGUCCCACCAACGAUUCUUCAGUGGUCCUUAAGAUGAAGCAUGGAGUUCAUCAUCGAGUUGCAACUCCUUAUCACCCUCAGACAAGUGGACAGGUCGAAGUGUCGAAUCGUCAGAUCAAAGAGAUUCUGGAGAAGACAGUGGGUAAAACUCGAAAGGAUUGGGCUGCGAAGUUGGACGAUGCACUCUGGGCGUACAGGACAGCAUUCAAAACACCUCUAGGCACCACACCUUUCCACCUGCUCUAUGGAAAGCCCUGUCAUCUUCCAGUGGAGAUUGAACACAAGGCAGCCUGGGCGAUAAAGCUGAUGAAUUUCGACAUCAAGUCUGCUGCAGAGAGGCGACUGAUACAGCUGAAUGAGUUGGACGAAAUCAGGCACCAUGCCUAUGAGAAUUCGAAGUUGUACAAAGAGAGGACCAAGGCGUAUCAUGAUUCAAAAAUCCUCUCUAGGCAAUUCGAACCGAAUGAUCAGGUUCGCCCCUAUGGCGCUCUCGUCCUCCUCACACCAGAUGGUAGCAGAGAGUUCACAGUGAAUGGACAAAGAGUGAAGCACUACUGGGCCAAAGCUGAGAUUCCGGAUGGACAUAUCGUACCUCUGGAUGGUGCACCUCCUGCCUGA